AGGAUAACAAUGGGCUAAGCCAAUUAUGAAGAGGCCCAUAUUCUGAGGACUAAACCAUAAAAUGAUAUAUUCAACCUGGGCCGAUCCAUCUCUCGCAGUCGCAGCAGCAGCGUAGGAAGAGUGAAGCCUCAGAGUAUUAGGGGACCUGGUAUUGAGAGUACGAGGAACAAGAGUAUUCCCACUACACACUUAUCAGCAACUCAGAUUAUAUGCAAAAUCAGAUAUGGUUAUCCCACCUCCAGUGAGGCCUCCCAGGAUUAUAGAUUUUCUCAAACCUUAUGUUCUGAGGAUGCAUUUUACCAACAAGUAUGUGAGUGCUCAGGUGAUUCACACCCCAACUGCCACUGUUGCCUCUUCUGCAAGCUCACAGGAGAAAGCCUUGAGAUCAAGCUUGGAAACUAAACGCGACGUGGCUGCAGCUGCAAAGAUUGGGAAGAUACUAGCGGAACGACUUUUGCUGAAGGAGAUUCCUGCCGUUUCUGUUCACUUGAAGAGAGAACAGAAGUAUCAUGGCAAGGUUAAAGCGGUUAUUGAUUCUUUGAGGGAAGCUGGUGUUAAGCUGCUUUGAGUUAUGGUCGUGCAUGUUGAGUUUGUACCUAAAAGAGAUAAUCCUUGGAAAACUUAUCUACUUGGGAACCAAAAUGAUUGCUUUUGUAUCAAGGUGCUCAUUUUUUCUUUAUCUGAUCUUAAGUUUUCAUCAAAGCAAGAAGUUGCUCAAUGAGCAUAUUUCCUUGAGAUCAAUUUAACAACAUUAACCAGAAAUAAGAUGAUUGUUGUUGGUUGCUUAA